CCAGUGAUCAUGUUUGUUUUUAUUUCAGUUUCUUUCAGAUCAUUAAGAAGACAAACAAUGGCUGACAAUAGUUUAUUAACAGUUACUGAGAGGACUGGCUUGGCCGACUCUUCGAUUUUUGAUUCUAAAGUUACUGAAACAUCCAAAGAAAACUUAUCUGUUGAAUCUGCUACAUAUGUUGAAGAAGAAAUGCCUCAAAUUGAGACACGGGUGGUGUUGGUUCAAGAAGCAGGAAAACAAGAAGAACUUAAGAAGGCCAUUGAGGAAAUUAAAGUGCCCUUUGUAAAGAUGGAGUCAAUGGAAGAAUUUGAAAGUUUGGAUUCUCCAGAAUUUGAGAAUGUAUUCGUAGUCAUGGACUUUAAGGAUUCUGUGUUUAAUCACCUAUACAAGGCUGAUUGCAGAAUUAUUGGACCACCCGUUGUAUUAAACUGUGCACAAAAAGGAGAGCCUUUGACGUUUUCCUGCCGCCCUCUCUAUUGCACGAGUAUGGUGAAUCUGGUCCUGUGCUUCACAGGAUUCAGAAAGAAAGAAGAAUUAGUCAGAUUGGUGACGUUGGCCCAUCACAUGGGUGGUAUUAUUCGAAAAGACUUUAAUUCAAAAGUUACACAUUUGGUGGCAAAUUGUACACAAGGAGAAAAAUUUAGGAUUGCUGUGAGCCUGGGAACUCCAAUUGUGAAGCCAGAAUGGAUUUAUAAAGCUUGGGAAAAGAGAAAUGAACAGAAUUUUAAUGCAGCAGAUGAUAACUUUAAAAAUGAAUUUAAAGUUCCUCCAUUUCAAGAUUGUGUCUUAAGUUUUCUGGGAUUUUCCGAUGACGAAAAAACGAAUAUGGAAGAAAUGACAGUAAUGCAAGGAGGUAACUACCUACCAGUUGGAGAUGAAGGGUGCACUCACCUUAUAGUUGAAGAGAAUGUGGUCAAAGAACUUCCGUUUGAACCUUCAGAGAAACUGUAUGUUGUUAAACAAGAGUGGUUUUGGGGAAGCAUUCAGAUGGAUGCUCGAGCUGGAGAAACUAUGUACUUCUAUGAAAAGACUAGUACUCCUGAGCUCAAGAAAUCAGUGUCGCUGCUUUCUAUAAAUACCCCAAACAGCAAUCGCAAAAAACGGCGUUUAAAAGAGACACUUGCUCAGCUGUCAAGAGAGACAGAAAUGUCGCCCUUCCCACCCCAUAAGCGCCCAUCCGCUGAGCACUCCCUCUCCAUCGGGUCACUUCUAGAUACUUCCAACACACCAGACUCUAGCAUAAAUUAUGGAGAAACACCGAAAUCUGGUCCUAAGCCUUCUAAAAAUUCCACUCCAGUUGCUCCAAAGCAGACAGCCAGGUGGCAAGUUGCAAAAGAACUGUAUCAGACUGAAAGUAAUUAUGUAAAUAUACUAGCAACAAUUAUUCAGCUAUUUCAGAUUCCGUUAGAAGAAGAAGGACAGCGUGGUGGGCCUAUCCUUGCACCAGAAGAGAUCAAGACUAUUUUUGGUAGCAUCCCCGAUAUUUUUGAUGUGCAUAUAAAGAUAAAGGAUGACCUUGAAGACCUUAUUGUUAAUUGGAAUGAGAAUAAAAGUAUUGGUGAUGUCUUUCUUAAAUAUUCAAAGGAUUUGAUAAAAACCUAUCCUCCUUUUGUAAACUUCUUUGAAAUGAGCAAGGAAACAAUUAUUAAAUGUGAAAAACAGAAACCAAGAUUUCAUGCUUUUCUGAAGAUAAACCAAGCUAAGCCGGAAUGUGGACGGCAAAGCCUUGUUGAACUUCUCAUCCGACCAGUGCAGAGGCUGCCUAGUGUGGGUCUCCUUCUGAAUGAUCUUAAGAAGCACACUACUGAUGAAAAUCCUGACAAAAACAUUCUAGAAAAAGCUAUUGGAUCACUAAAAGAAGUAAUGACGCACAUUAAUGAAGAUAAGAGAAAAACAGACGCUCGGAAGCAAAUUUUUGAUGUAUUUUAUGAAGUAGAUGGCUGCCCAGCUAAUUUGUUAUCUUCUCACCGAAGCUUAGUCCAGCGAGUUGAAACAGUUUUUUUGGGCGAGUACCCUUGUGACAGAGGAGAGCAAGUGACUCUCUUUCUCUUCAAUGACUGUCUAGAGAUAGCAAGGAAACGACACAAGGUUAUUGGCACUUUUCGGAGUCCUCACGGCCAGAACCGUCCCCCAACUUCUCAUAAGCAUGUGCGUCUAAUGCCUCUUUCUCAAAUUAAGAAGGUCCUGGACCUGAGAGAGACAGAAGAUUGCCAUGAUGCUUUUGCCUUGCUGGUGAGACCCCCGACAGAGCAGGCAAAUGUCCUGCUGAGCUUCCAGAUGACCUCGGAGGAGCUUCCCAAGGAGAGCUGGCUCCGGACGUUGUGUCGACACAUAGCCAACACCAUUUGUCAAGCAGAUGCUGAGAGUCUUAUUUACACUGCUGACCCCGAAUCUGUUGAAGUAAAUACAAAAGAUAUGGACAGUACAUUGAGCAGAGCAUCAAGAGCAAUAAAAAAGACUUCAAAAAAGGUGACACGAGCGUUCUCUUUCUCCAAAACUCCAAAGAGAGCUCUUCGACGGGCUCUGCUGGCAGCGCAGAGUUCGGCCGAGGGAAGAAGCCCUUCCAGCAGUGACAAGCAUGUCAUGAGCCGGCUGUCCAGCACCUCAUCUUUGGCGGGUAUCUCUUCCCCAUCCCUUGUCAGCCUUCCAGCCUUCUUUGAAAGGAGAAGUCAUACUUUAAGUAGAUCUACAACUCAUUUAAUAUGAAACAUAAGAAUUUCAUUACAGAAACUUCAGAUGCCUCACACUCAAGCAAGAAACUGACGUAAAUGGUACUUGGCGUUAGCACUCGGUCGAAG